CGCCUUCCCGUUACGAAUCGCGCGGAUCCACGACGGCAACCGCAUGGGAGAUGCCGGAGUCGAUGGGUGGGCAGACGACCCCGAAGUACAAAUUCAUGGCCAUCGCGACAACUCGGACAAUGCGCUUACGCAAGUUCUGGUGACGGUCAACUCGGAAUGGCUGGCGGACUUUGGGGCAACCCAUCGAGGGGGACGCGGCAAGGUGCCUCCACUCGACCUCUUUCUCGCCCAGAAAAGCUUGUGGCUCAACGAUCACUUCCAAAAGCUUCGCGUGUUGACGGAUCCGACGUCACGUCAGGCAAAAGACGUCGUGCGAAAAUUUGAAGACUGUUUGCAAUCAGUCCUUAGCGCUGGUCGGCUCAAUCCCAAAGUGGCUGCAGGGUCUCCGUGCUCCGAGUGCAUGGUCGAGCCACUGGCGUUGAUUUUGUACUGCGCCACACAAGAUCGGUGCUCGGAACAUCGCGUGGAAUCGUUUCUCAAGGAGGUUUACAUGUAUAUGUCGUCCGAGUCGAUUGUCGGCCGCGCAAACGAAGCUGCGCUGGCAACGCCGCUCUAUCGCCUGUUGAUCCGACAUGCGAAUCUCCAAGCCAGGAUCCUCGUGCUCAAGAUCCUCUUGGUGCUGGCCACCGCCGAUGCAGUUGUAGUCUCAAAAGGUUGCGAAGUCGGCGCGCAGGGACAAGCAAUCGUGCCUAACAUGUUCCUUUCGACGCUGGCGAAACGACACCCAGACUGCGAAGCGCUUCAAGACUUGACCAAGCGCCUUUUGGUUCUCUUUGAUAUGCGAAAGACGACCGCAUAUUUGCUGGAACUAUCGUACGCUCCGCCAAGCCCUUGUCCAGCAACACCCCCAAAGAAAUCUCCUGCCAUGUUGUCGUCUCUACGAUCUCCCUCGUUCACGCCCCCCACUACUCUCCUCCGUGACAAGAGCCCGUUCUUGCCACAGCCCAAGGUUCUCUUUGGUUUACGGCCUAAAACAACACCUGCCGCACGCCCUUCCCCGAAACACGGCUCGUCCCCCCCACGAUCAAAGGACAAGCCCAAUAAAGGCACAAGUUCGCCGCCCCACAACCGCAAACUGCCCGUGACACUGGCUCCGCUCGAUCAAAUUGAGCAAAGACUGCAAUCGUUUGACUUGACUCCACCGCAUACAAACACGCUCCAAGUCAUUCCAAAGAAGACGUGCAAGCUGGCGGUACCGCUCAUUCAUUCGUCCGUCCAUGAUACGGUGGCGCCCCUUGCUCCAUUGAAGUCACCCCCACGCCAAAAGGCGACUUCCCAUCACGCCAGUCGCGACUUGACGUCGGCGAGUGGAUUUGAAUGGUGGUGGCGCACACUGCCUGCGAACCACGCGUCGCUUGCCCACCACGCCAAGCUCAAGGCUGUGUGUGUCGCAGCACUCCGAAUGCAUGGCGCGGGGAUAUUUGAUCGAGCGGUCGAGCUGUACACGUUUGCGCUAACCAUGAUGCCAGUGCCCGCCACGUUACAGGUGCUACCCACUCCCGAAGACGGCGACGCUGAGACUGUGCAUCUCCCGUUGAAACUGCAUCUCAAUCUUGGCUCUGCGGCGCUGAGUCUUGGCCAAAUCACGGAGAGCGUCAAGGCAUUUGAAACAGCUAUUCACAUGGACCCGCAAAGCCUUUGGGCUCACUUUAAGCUCGGCAUGGCGUACAAUGCAGCAGGGCGAGUCGAAGGAGCAGUCAAGGAGUGGACAGCAGUCGCCAAGCUCUUCCCACCAGCACAAGCAGCGCUGGACGCGCUCGGGCGAGGCAGCUCGCUUCUCCACCCUGGUUCCUGCGGUGGUGGCGACAGCCCCACGGUCAAGGCAAAAAGCACAAGCAUCAAAUCAAACCCAUCUCGAAGUGGAGGCGCGUCGCCGUCAUCCGAAACCAAAUCAUUCAAGCAUCGCGUCAGAGAUGUGGUGCGACACUUGGCCAACAUGGGAGCGCGCAUGGAGAUCGAUUGGCCACUUGUGUUUUCCCUCGUCGACCGGUACCAUCUUGGCAUGGUGACAACCACAACAUUCAGGGAGAUCCUUCACGUGAGUGGCUUGGCGCUGACCACUCAAGAGUACGCCGAUCUGGCGCGGUACUUGCGCGACCCGAACGACCCCAACUACGUGUCACACACCAAACUCCUCACCGACGCCACGUUCGUUGCUGCGUCGGCAUCACAUCACAGAACGAUACCGCUGGAUCAAGUGUGCUUCCACGGUCCUCGAAAAAGAACCACGAUGGAGAACUUGCGGGUACCACUGCAUUUGAUUGCCCAGAACGAAUGCUACAACUUCUUUUCGACGUUGGCGUCGUGGGCUGCGUUUGGAGUGUCGAAAGCCAUUCCUGGUGUACCGAUACUGCACACAACGUGGAUGGUCCGCCUGACGCACGUCCCAGCAGUCCCAGCGUCCGUUGUGCCGGCUGAAGCUGUGAUUAUUGUCCGAAAUGCGAUUGCCGCCGGUGCACUUCAGGCAAAGCAUAUCAUUCUUGUCCGUCUCAGAGCGGCGAAGAAGCUAGCAGUAUCCCUCGUGGCCCAAGCGCAGUUCACCGCGUGUGCGCAUAUGUCACGAUGGAGGAAAGAUGGCAUCCACAACGUGAGUGUUGCGAUGGGUGGCCAUAUCUUGCAAUGCGCCGUCGCCAGACUCGUGCUCAAGUCUCGGGUUCACACCGCCAGGGCGUUGAUGGAGCGUCGAAGCCUCGCCCGGGCUGACUUGACGCAGCCGUCACAGAGAGCAGCAGCGCUCCUCGACUUACAACGCCUGGCGACUAUAUGUCUCGACGAAAUGACAUGUAGAGCUCGUUUGUCAAUCGUUGGAAAGCGAAAGAGUCGCGCAGCGCUGGCUCGAACAGCUACCACAUCGGUACGAUGGAGGCAGCGCAACAUCGACGCGAAAAUCUCCCUUGUGCGCCUUGUCACGAAAUGUCGAAGCCGAAUCGAGGUGGUGGAGUCGGCCCGAUGCCACCUUGCCGAGCAGGUGGUCUGGGCACGUUCAACGUUGGACCAUCUCCGUCUUGUGGCAUGGGAUCAACUCGUGGCGACGACGCGAUUCAUUGUGGCGCAAACCACCGUCUCCACUAUUUUGGUCACGAUGGUGCAGACCGUAGCAGCAGCGCGAAUGGCGCACGCCUUGCCAGAAUUCGAUGUUUCGGACCAACGAGUUGUGUGGGAUAACUCGGUUCAAGUUGCCUUGGACUACGUGCCGAAGCAAGACUCAAUCGUUCGAAUUGACACGUUUGGCAAAGAGGACGACCAGCAGCACGAUGGCGUCACAGCAGAAACCAAAUGUGAUUCGAGUGAUGACGAUGGAGGUAUCGCGUCCGAUGGUGAAGAUGAACAUGAGGCCGACAAUGCAAUUGCGAGCUUUCCUCCCAAUAUGAGUGGGCUCGAGACUACUGAAGACACUCAUCGAACUGUAGCAAGCGAGCAUGAAGCGUUCACGCCGUCAAGGCGAGGAAACUCUGAAGGUCCUUCCUGACUCGUUUCAUAAAAAAAAACACGAAAAUAUCCAACAUAUUUGGACAAUGCUGAA